CUUAACCAUCGAUUUGCCAUUCAGAGUGCCUUCGAGCAAGGCCAAAAUCAGCGACUAGAGGCUCAAAAUCAUGGGUUAAAGACUUAAAGUAUGAUGUUAGGUCUCACGUCUCUGUGAACUACUUUCUGAAUGGAUUUUGGUUAGAAUCCCAUUCGUCUCGAACGAGAACUUCAAUUUGCUAUCUGAUCUCUAUGCUCAAUGAUCUAUUCUCGCGAUACUGAAGAACACGGUUAGACAAAUAAGGGAGAAGAAAAGAAGACUUCGAUUGUAGUACAGUAGAUAAAUGAUUCUCAAUUCGGAGAUCUCGGAUGCCAUCCUCUCUUUCUUUCAGUCGGGCAGGCUGCUCCAUAGUGUCAACCAUACACUGUUGACCCUCAUCCCCAAGUGAUGCAGUUUCUUAAAACCAAGGUCCGUGGCCCAGACAAAUGGAUGGCCCUUAAGAUUGAUAUGGAGAAAGCAUAUGACCGAGUGGAGUGGGAAUUCCUAUUCCAAAUCAUGCAGAAUUUAGGGUUCUGUGAUAAAUGGAUGACUUGGAUCAAGUCUUGUGUGACAACCGUUCAUUUUUCUGUUCUUCUCAAUGGGACUCAGUAUGGAUACUUCCAACCACAGCGAGGUAUUCGACAAGGAGACCCCUUAUCGCCAUUGCUAUUUGCCAUCUACACGGAAGGUUUUGCUGCAAAGAUAUCCCAAGAGGUGGCUUCCUCUUCUCUCCAUGAUUUACGCAUCCACAGGUCAGCCCCUCCCUUAUCUCAUCUAUUCUUCGCCGAUGACUCUUAUCUUUUCCUCCGAGCAUCGAUUCCUGAAUGUGCUACCUUGCUUCAGCUCCUAACCAACUAUGAAAUAGUUAGUGGUCAAAAAGUUAAUUUGCACAAGUCGGCUGUUUGUGUUAGUGCUAAUGUUUCUAGUCAGGAGUUACAAGCAAUUAGCUCUUUCCUAGGAGUUAGUGUUUUGCAGGCGGAAGACAAAUACCUGGGGUUGCCCUCUCAGGUUGGCCGAUCUAAGUCACUGACCUUCCAAUUCAUAGAGGAGGCCCUUGCUGCCCGGAUUCGAAAUUGGAAGGCGAAAUCUCUAUCCUUGGCAGGUAAAGAAGUGGUGAUAAAGGCGAUAGGGGCUGCUGGCCCUAUCUAUGCCAUGUCGGCGUUCCGAUUGCCUAAGGAAACCUGUCGUCGGUGCAAUGGCCAGCUUUCAAAGUAUUGGUGGGCGGGACAAGAUAAGGAACGUGGGAUUCACUGGAUCUCGUGGAGCGCACUCUGUCAGAGCAAGUUUACCGGAGGACUGGGAUUCCGUGACUUCAACCGAUUCAACAUAGCCCUUCUGACUAAGCAGGCUUGGCGAAUUCUGCAUAAUCCGACCAGCCACCUGGCUAGAAUCUACAAGGCUCGAUAUCAUCCUACUCGAGAUUUUCUUGAUGCAACGGCUGGUUCCCGACCUUCUUGGGCGUGGCAAGGUAUUUUGGAAGGGUUGAAUUUACUCAAGAGGGGCCUAAGGUGGCAGGUAGGAGAUGGUUCGAAUAUCCGGACACUACAGGAUAUUUGGAUCCCGUCUACCCCCCCGUCGUGCCCCACGUUGAAGCCAGGUGCGCCUUCUUGUCCUAUGUUUGUCUCGGAUCUGAUCUGCCCUAGCUCGAAAAUGUGGAGAAAGGAUCUGGUGGAAUCCUUAUUCACCCCUUCAUGUGUAAACCUUAUUCUGUCUAUUCCCCUCCCUGCUUUCCAUAUGAAUGACAGAUUAAUUUGGCACUACUCACCUUCUGGAUUGUUUACUGUUAAGACAGGUUAUCAAUUGUUGUCUUCUGAGCAUAAUCUCCUGCAUCCGCCAGCCAUUCUGCCUUUUGACAACAAGUUUUGGAAAUUGCUUUGGAACCUACCAUUGCCACCGAAGCUGAAAUUCUUCUUGUGGCGUGUUGUUCGUGGCUUUCUACCUCUACAAACAGUGCUCUUCUCUAAAACUCUGGCCUCUGACAUGAUAUGUCCGAUCUGUGAUACAGAUGCGGAAUCCUUCUCCCACUGCUUUUUUGACUGCAGGGUGGCUACAGGCUUAUGGAGACUUGCUGCCAGUGAGGAACUCCGAUCCUUCCUUGCCGGGCUGACCCCGGAUGAUGCAUGGAAGCAACUAUUCUUUGGUAUGAACCUGUCCAAAAGCGCAAUUGCUGAUGUGGUUUUUAUUCUGUGGCGGAUUUGGAAAGCCCGGUGCUGGUCAGUACAUGGGCGGAUUCAGUAUCUGCCCCCAGCGUUAUUUCGCCAAAUGCAGCGCCAGGUACAGGAAUGGAGGGAGGCUGAGCAGACAAGGCCGGCUAUUCCCCGCUGCAGAAAUCGACAAGCACCUGCCCAGUUAUCGGCGAGAAUGAAUCACGGUGGCUUUGAAGGAAAUCUCCCUCAUCCGGACACCAUUAAUGUUUGGUUUGAUGGUGCGGCUAAACGUGAUCAAGGGGGCAGUGUCGGAUUUGUUGGAUUCCAAGUGUCAGGUAUGGUCCUCUUUGCCUUUGGUAAGGCUUACGACGGCCUUUCGGAUCCUUUUAUUAUGGAAUGUUUGGCGCUUAGAGAUGCUUUGCAAUGGUGCCUAAUGUCGCAACCGUCCCUUCGGGGGGUCCGUAUUGUCGUCGCGUCGGCUGUUUUGGGAGUCGCCAUCGAUCUUACUUGGAGUGGAUCGAACACUCUUCGGUCGGCUCUAACCUUAGGGUCAGAACCGAGACUUGGUCUGCGAAUUAGAAAUAUAGAGAUAUAGGUUCGGGAGUACGGUUACGUGUGGGGAAGUGAAAUCACACCCCACAACGCCCUAAAUCGGUACUACUUAAGUCGAUAAGUUUUUAUGCGAGUUGGGUGUAUUUUAGUACUAAUUUUGUAAUUUAGGGUCCCACUGGACCAUUUAACGAUUUUAUCGUAUUAGUUGUAAUUUAAUUAUACGCCCACUGACGUAAAAGUUUAAAGAUAAAGUUAGUUGAUUAGU